CCUUGAGUCAUGAAGACUCGCUGUGGCUGCAUAACGGGAUUUAAGCGAAGGCGGAAGUAGAUGGCAGCAUAGCUCUUGUCCCGUUAGCUAGCGCCAGGUCCAUCGCCUGAAAACUCCUUGUUCGAGGAGACGCGAGGCCGCCCUGACAACAGACCCACCUAGCGAUUCACUCUGUCUUUACGAGUCGACAACCAUUAAAAAGAAGAAAGCACAGCUCUUUUAGUUUUAGCUAGCUAGCUUUCCGUCUCUCACGGUUUUAUUCAACCCCCGCUAUAGAUUCUUUACCAUGGCGGCGAGUGCGAAGAGAAAACAGGAGGAGAAACACCUGAAGAUGCUGAGAGAAAUGACGAGUUUGCCUCCCAACAGAAAGUGCUUUGACUGCGACCAGCGAGGCCCGACCUACGCCAACAUGACUGUGGGUUCCUUCGUCUGUACCUCCUGCUCUGGCAUCCUACGAGGACUGAAUCCACCCCACAGAGUCAAGUCCAUCUCCAUGACAACCUUCACGCAACAGGAAAUAGAGUUCUUACAGAAACAUGGCAAUGAGGUUUGUAAACAGAUCUGGCUCGGUCUUUAUGAUGACAGAACCUCUUCAGUACCAGACUUCAGAGAACCACAGAAAGUCAAGGAGUUCCUACAAGAUAAAUAUGAGAAAAAGAGAUGGUACGUGCCUCCUGAGCAGGCCAAGGUAGUGGCGUCAGUCCAUGCUUCCAUCUCUGGCUCCUCAAACAGCAGCACCAGCAGCACCCCAGAGGUUAGACCACUCAAGUCCCUGCUGGGGGAGUCGGCACCGUCUCUACACCUCAACAAGCACACCCCACCAAAUCAGUCUCCUGUAGUGAGCCGUGGACAAACCCAGCAGCAGCAGCUCCAUGACAAGAAAUAUGACCUCCUCAGUGACUUGGGUGGUGACAUCUUUGCUGCUCCGCCCAACAUGAAUGCAGGCGCCAGCUCCAGUUUUGCUAACUUUGCACACUUCAACAGCCACACAAUGGCACAGAAUACCAAAGGAGAGGCAGACUUUGCUAAUUUUGAUGCAUUCGGGAACACUUCUGGGUCGACAGGUGGUUUUCCCUCUGCACCCCAAGCACCAUUUCAACCCCCAAAUACAGCGUUCACUGUGCUCUCAUCCAGCCGCAGUAUGGGUGAGUUUGCCACUGCUCUUCCUCUCCAGUGUUCACACAGUAGCGCCUCAGGGGGACUAGCAAAUGCCAGUUUUGCAAAUUUUGAGAACUUCCCCAAAUCGUGUAGUGCUGACUUUGGAUCCUUCAGUUCCUCCUCCCAGAGUAACUCCACAGGAGCUGGCAGAGACGUUGUACAGAGUACUAACAUUUCUGCCGAUAAAUACGCAGCCCUGGCUGACCUGGAUAACAUAUUUAGCUCUGCCAAAACAGAGCCAGGAGGUGGUAUUCCUGGUGGGGUGAGCUCAGCAGCAGCAGCAGCAGGAGUGGGUGGUUUGCCUCAGAAACAGCCAGCAGGUGGAGACCGCUAUGCUGCUCUAGCUGAGCUUGAUACAGUCUUCAGCACCUCAGCACCUGCCACCAUUGUUUACAAUACCACCAGCACCUCACAAGGGAGUGUGUUUGGCUCAGAGACGGGGGUGUCAACAGCACAAAUACAGCAGGCUGUGCCCAGCAUGGCUCAGGGUUUUGGAGUACACCCAACCAAUCCAUUUGUAGCUCCUGGUGUUGUCCCAGCAGCAGCUCCAACCAACCCAUUCCAGUGCAAUGGCAGAGCAGCAACUGUUGCAGCUGCAGCAGCACCAUUUGGCACAGGCUCCAUGAGUAUGCCAGCUGGAUUUGGGAAUACUGCAGCCUUCAACCUCCCCACCAGCUUUAGUGGAACGUUCCAGCAACCCUUUCCUGGUCAGGCUCCCUUCCCUCAGCCUCCCGCCUAUCCCCAGCAACCCAACGGUGUGUGUCAUGUAGACAAUAAUGGCUAUGGUGGAGGAUUUCCAGCCUUCGGCCAGGCCAAGUCUGUUGCAACUCCUUUUGGGCAGGCAAUGGCAGGACCUAUGGUCUCUAGCAACCCUUUUCUGGGUGCGGGUCCACCUGCGCAGUAUCCAGCUGGAGGCUCUUCCACAAACCCCUUCUUAUAGCGGUCCAUCAUGUCAGCUGCACUACAGGGUCAACAACUGGCACGCUUGCACCUAUUGCACUGUUUUUGUUUCACAAGUAGCUUUAAAAACACAAUGUUUGUAAGAAUUUGUAUUUUCUAUCGCAGUUUGUCAUAAAUGGAACAAUAUGCGACACAGUCGUGCUGACACUGUCGAAGGCUACAAAACAGUGAUGGUGUGUGCAGAGGGGGAGGUCGAUGCCCUCCCCUUUAUUUAACCUGUGAACUAGCCUGGCCUCUACUGAGCCACAAUGUAUAAUCGAACUGGUUGAAAACUAAGUUAUUGCAUACAGUAUAUCCCAUUCAUUAUGCUGCAAUUCUGUACUUUUUUUUUUCUUUUAGGAAAUUAGCUCUUUGUGCAUAUCAGUAUUUGUAUCUAACACACAGAAUUUGCUAAGACAGAACUGUUGCUUUGAAAAGCUAAUGGGUACUGCCAGUUACUGUAUUUGUAAAGAACCAAACUAUUUGUGCAGGACCCUUUUAGAUAAACUGUUCUCACUAAGGAAAUGAAUAUAUUCUGUUAUCAAGGUGGGGUUAGGGUUAGGAGGAGGACUGAAUGCUACAUCAGGGAUGGGUGGGGUGGGGGGCUCGUUUCUCUGUUGUCUCCGCCCUGCUGACAGAGUUGCAACACUUCAAAUGACAGUCAGAAGAAAUGGCUGAUGAACUGAAAACCACUUACUUGCAUUGGGUAUUAAAAAAGUUUAAGUUAAGGUGUAAAUAUAUACAGUAUAUAUAUUAAAAUGAAUUUUAAGUAAAAA